AUGCACGAGUACAUGGACAUCUACUCGGAGAUGGCGUCGCUGGAGGCGGGCGAGCUGGUCAACUCGGCGUUCGGCGGCCGGUACUGCGGGCCGAUCCCCCCGCGCCGACGCGUCUCCCUGCACCGCGCCGUCGCGCUCUCCUUCUAUACAGACAAGGCCUACACACCGCCGACUCUCUUCACGGGAACCUAUCGCUUUAUCAAUGCCUCGGAAUUCGAAGUGGGGACACCAGUGCCGAAUACAUUAUGCUCGUUCGUGAUCGAGGCGAGCAAGCGCAAGACGGGUCUACUUUUGUCACCGACAUACCCUGGCAUCUAUCCGAAGGACAUGACCUGCAACUAUCUGUUCAGCGGGCAGCCCGGCCAGAGAAUACGCUUAGAGUUCCGCGACUUCGAUCUGUUUUUCGGCGGGCCACAUUGCCCGUUCGAUUGGGUGCGCGUGUACGACGGGCCCGACAACUCGUCGGCGGUGAUCGGCACCUAUUGCGGGCAGCAGCGCAACCUCGUGCUGUACUCCAGCGACGAGCGUCUGCUGGUCACCUUCUAUACGCUGCCACGCGCCGCCAGCACGCAGAACCGCGGCUUCAAGGGUAUCUUCGAGUUUUCCGAGAGUUUUGUUAAGUUAGAUUUUAUAAGUAAACACGAUGCCGAGCAUAUUAGAGGCUCUGAAUGCGACCAGAAGAUUCUUAGCAAAAAGGAAUCGACUGGAUUUGUGUACCAUCCAAAUUAUCCAUUCCCCUAUAUACAAAAAGUUGUUUGUAGAUAUUUUAUAUACGGUAUGCAAGAUUCGCAAAAUUUAGAAAGAGUGCGUUUAGAGUUCCAAAACUUUUCUAUACCAAAAGGAUACAACCCGAAGCCAGAUACGUGUCCGGACGGGUACCUGAAGGUGUAUCUGCGCGGGCAGGAGGCGACGGACUCGUACGACAAACACGACGCGGAGCUGUGCGGGGAGGGGGUGGGGGGUGUCGACGCCUUCCCUCCGCCACUGCUCUCCGACGGACCUCGACUGGUUAUGGUGUUCAGCUCCGGGGAACUGCAGGGGCGGGGGUUCAAGGCCAAAUACACUUUUGAGACUGAAUAUCGAGUGCCGGGCACGGCGGCACCCGGCGGGGAAUGCGCCUUCACGUACCGCUCGGAGGCGAAGAAGCGCGGCGAAUUCAACUCUCCCCGCUACCCUUCCAACUACCCCUCGCACACCAACUGCACGUACACGCUGGACGCUACGCCGAAUGAACAGGUCACCGUUGUCUUCGACCACUUCAAAGUGAGGGCCGACGCGUGGAACGCAACGGCCGGCUUUUACGGGUAA